GUUUACUGACGAGCUCAGGAACAACCACAAUGAUUAAAGUCCAAUCCAGGUAACAGCAGGUGACUCACUAAUUCAUUCACGGUGUUGCCAGGGUCACGCACAGAGCAACUUUGCUCGUGAACGUCGAAGAGGCCGCUCUGUAAGAAGAUCCGCUCUUCACUUUCCACAGUAAAGGAAGGCUCUCAACGCCGGGCAAACAAUGAAGUCAUUUUUGCUACCUGCGACCAUAGUGGUGUCGGUCGCUUUAGUGGGGAUCAUGAAACUGCGGAAAGGUGAGCACGAAAAAUACGAGAAGCAGUUCAAGUUUCAGGAUGUCAGACUGCGGGUUGCCUAUGAUGUGCUGGGAGAAUAUCAGAACGAUAAGGCAGAGAAGCAGAACAUGCUGGAAAAGGCCAGCACUGCGCAUAAAGCGCUGGAGGAGGAGGUGAACGAGCUCCAGACCGACGGGGACAAGUCAAAGGGAGAUGCGAAAUCCUGCCAGGGAGACCUGAAGACAAUAACAGAUGAGGUGGCAGCAGCAAAGAUACAGUUAAAAAGUCUGAAAGCUCACCAGGAAAAAGAGAAGACGAGCUGGACAACAGAAGAAGACACUCUGAAGCAGGAACUAGCAAAAUACAGCUCAGCGUGCCAGUUCAUAAAAACAGAUAUUCCAGAAGCUAGAACUCUGUGUGGAAUACAAGAGCAACCAAAAGCUGAAGCCCCCAAACAAGAAGAGGCAAAGGGCGAGGCCCCCAAACAAGAAGAGGCAAAGGGCGAGGCCCCCAAACAAGAGCAACCAAAGGCCGAGGCCCCCAAACAAGAGCAACCAAAGGCCGAGGCCCCCAAACAAGAAGAGGCAAAGGCCGAGGCCCCCAAACAAGAGCAACCAAAGGCCGAGGCACCCAAACAAGAAGAGGCAAAGGCCGAGGCCCCCAAACAGGAGCAACCAAAGGCCGAGGCUCCCAAACAACAAGAGGCAAAGGCUGAGGCCCCCAAGGCUUAAAAGGCUAAAGGAAUUGGACCCAUAAGAUCAGGCAUGGAUACUAGUAUCCUGGACUUGGUCUAAUUUGGUGUGUGAUAUACAAAGCCUUCCCUGUAAAAGAGUUUGUCUGGAUGGGAGAAUAUGUUCAUUUAAAACCCAUAUAUAUCUUUCUCCCCUCAGUCAUGUCGCUGACCUGUUACUAGUUGUACUACUCACUCUUCCAGCCUCUUGUUUCCAUCCCAACUUUUAAUAUUAACCUUGUUUAAGAGGAACAAUGUUUAUCUGCUCUGGUUUAGUUGAAUUUAUGGCACAAAAGUAAUGCAAAACUGUAAACUAACUAUGUUUUGACUGAUUGGUUGUAUGCAUGUAAUAUCUUGUAAACAGUAUGCUUGAGUUUAGGUUUAAAAAAUUUAAAUGAAAAAAAAUGAAAUGCAUGUCUUUUGGCAUUUUCAAACAGUAGGGGGAAUAUUUCUGUAAUGUAAGUUCAAAGUCUGCACAGCAGUCUUUUUUAAAAUUAAGUAGCAGAAUAAUUACACAGAAAUGCACUAAGAGUUAUUAUAGUGCAAAAAAUCCUCAAUUAUAUAUGCAGGGCACAUUAUUGUUCUUAGAAAUGGAACAUCAUGAUCAUUUGUGUGUGAAAUGGAGUACUGUGGCAUGCUGCAAAUUUUGGUAUCAA